AGAGAAAAUGUAUCAGUUGAAGAUUCAAGUUUGAAAAGUAAUUUAGUGAUUUACAAAGUCAUCAUCAGUCUCAUCAUAACAAAAAAUGAAAAUGCAAUUGACUAAAAUUGUAUCAUCUAUCUUUCUACUGGCAAUCAUUGCUAUGAUUGGUUCUGCUAUGGCAGGAGGACCAAAUGGCUCAGGUGGUCCAGGUGGUCCAGGCGGUCCAGGCGGCCCAGGCGGUCCCGGUGGCCCCGGUGGUCCCGGUGGUCAAAGUAAUGAUGUCAAACAACCUGCUCAGGCUCCCAGCUUCAUAAUCAUACCCAGUUCUCAACCCACUCCAGUCAACUCAGGCAACUCCAAUCCUCAGCCAUCUAAAACGGUUAUAGUAACAAGCCAACAACAAUAAGGCUGAGUCUAAGCGCUGUUAAAGUAUCGUUUAAAAUGGUUACGCUAUGCAAUCCCCAAGCAAUUUUCCGUAUCUUGUCUAAAUAAAAUUUAAGAUUUCUAAUUGAAUAAA